GGUGAUUGGCAGGCGGCGUUGGGGAGGCUCCCAUCGCUGCCUCAGCUUUCUCGGGCGACGCCGCCGCCAUUGUCAGUUUCGCCAGCAGCUGGAGAGGGAGCGGACGAGGCGGAGGAGGAGGGAGGAGAAGAAGAAGGAGGCGCUGAAGAGCGGUCCCGGCGGCCCAGCAGUAUACAGAAAAUGGACUCAAAGCCCUCAAGAAUUCCACGAAGGGUAUCCAUUCAGACAUCCAGUUCUCGAAGUGCUAGGACAGGAACUGGAAGUGGAGGAACUAAUUUAGCUGACUCAUAUCGUACAAGAGAUUCUCCAUUGAGAUCGGAAUCUGGAUGCCAGGAAUCUAGUCGGCUGCAUAGUUCCAGUAGAGACUGGACAAUUGGAGAAAGAGAAGCAUAUGAAAGCCCAUGGAAACUUCCAACUUCAUCUUCUGCUCACUACUCAGGAACAUUUGAUCGUCCCUGGUCUGGAAGAUUUUUGGGAAGCAGAAACAGAUUGUCUGCAUCAUCAUCUUCGCCUCUUACAUCUUCUUGGUUUGGUGACACUGAAAGAACUCAGGGAGCAUAUUCUUCAAGACUGCAUAACCAGCAACAGGAUUCUGAUUCUAAGAGACCUAAACUUUCUUAUACAUCUACCUCUAGUGUGAGAAGUAAUGGUUUAAACACUGUUUCAGAUUCCCAGUGGAGGUACAGUGAAGUCCCCAGAUCAUCAUCUGUGGUACUUGGAUCAUUAGGAACUGAACUUGUGAGAGAAAGGAGAGAACUAGAAAGAACAGACCCAUCUGUUAGUAGGCUGGUGGACUGUCACAGGAAUUGUGAUUUCCCAUCUUCAUCAUAUCUUCAAGAAAGAUCUGCUUCUUCAUAUGCACAGGGUGCGAGACCAAAAGAAAACUCUCUGGGCUCUUUGAGGCUGAACACAUCCAUGAACCGCCAGUUGCCUUCUGAACAUCAGCCGUCAUUACUCUCCAGAGAACAUAGCUGGAAUUCAAGAUCUAACUAUGUUCCAAGAGAGUUGGGCUCUUCUGAAAGGAAUAUACAGUCAGAGAUUGUCCAUGGUGCCAUGCGAAGUGGAAACAGUUCCUUGAGCAGUUCUGAAAGAGUCAUGCCAUCGCAAAGGUCAUUAAGUGAACCACCUACAGAUACCGAAGGAAGACGCUCAACAAGGCAGUUAUUGUCACGUUUAGCCUCUAGCAUGUCCUCCACAUUUUUCUCCAGAAGAUCUAGCCAAGAUUCCUUGACAUCAAGACCUGAAGAUUCAACUAGUUCAAGAGCCCAAAGCUCUACCCAGGCAAGUGCUGCCAACACAGCUACAGGUUCUUCUGAAGGUACAGAAGUUCAGGCUCCUGAUGCCUCUCAGGGAUUUAGCUUUCUUCGGCGACGAUGGGGCCUGUCAAGUGUUACACCAAACCCACAUGCUGAUUCAGAAACUGAAAGUUACAGGCAGGAGCCUGAAAGUAGAAAUUCUGGUUCCUGGCUAUCAUCUUCUCUCAGGAACAGGUGUACACCGUUGUUUUCGAGGAGGAGAAGAGAAGGGAGAGAUGAAACUGCAAGAACCUCUAUCUCUGAAGCACCUCCUAGAUCUUUGCAUCUUUUUAGGAGAAGAGAGUCCAGUGGGGAGGCAUCUCUUGAAGCACAAAGUGAAUCCAUAAGGCCCACCACAAGGCCUCCAACGCCUUCAGUUCCUAGUAGUGCUUCGUCUCUUGCCUCUGGGCCAGAUUCAGUGCAUGGUAGAAGGAAUUCAGGAAUAUCAGGAAUGUUUCCUGGGUCUCUUUUCCGGUUUGCCGUGCCCCCAACACUGGGAAACAACUUGUCUGAUAAUGUUAUGAUAACAGUAGAUAUAAUUCCCUCAGGUUGGAAUCCGCCUGAUGGACAGGAUAACGAUAAGUCAAAAGUACCACCUUCAAGAGAUCCUGAACGGCUUCAGAAAAUUAAAGAGAGCCUUCUUUCAGAGGACUCAGAAGAAGAGGAAGGAGACUUAUGUAGAAUUUGUCAGAUGUCAUCUACUUCUCCUACUAACCUCUUAAUAGAGCCAUGCAAGUGUACUGGGAGUCUGAAGUAUGUUCACCAGGAAUGUAUGAAGAAGUGGCUACAAUCCAAGAUCAACUCAGGUUCCUCAUUGGAAGCCGUAACUACUUGUGAAUUGUGCAAAGAGAAACUGCACCUCAAUCUUGACGAUUUUGAUAUCCAAGAGCUUCAUAGAGCACAUGCAAAUGAACAAGCAGACUACGAAUUUAUCAGUUCUGGGCUUUACCUUGUAGUGUUGUUACACUUGUGUGAACAACGCUUUUCAGAUAUGCUGGGAACUACAAGUGAGGCUAACACACGUGUCCGGUUUAUUAAUCUUGCGAGAACUCUUCAGGCACACAUGGAUGAUAUUGAAACAGCCUCAGAUGAUGAUGAUUCUGAAGAUGGUGAUGUCGGGAGAACACUUGAUGCUGCGUAAUUGCAAAAGCAAGGCCUGGAUGCUCAACAGACAUAAGUACCACCAGUAUACAUUUUCUUAGUAAAACACGCUGAAUACUCUUAGAUUUCUGAAGCAUUGUUGAGUUGAAAAAUCUGCUGUUGCAACCCGGUAUUCAAAGACUUGAACAGUCAGUCUGCAAGAGAGAGUUUCUCCUUUGAGAUUAUGACAUGUAUGCCUUCUUCUAAAAUAUCAGAUUUUUAUGUGUAAGGAAAAUGUAUUUUGUAUAAACUUCUUACAGUAAUCAGCUAAAGUUCUGGAAAACAUUUCUCAAGUUUUGCUCUUCUGCUGGUUAAGUGGCAACAUUAAGUGGGUUCUCAAGUCAAAGUCACAGGGAAGGGGUCAUUCUGUAUUCACUUUUCAUUUAAAAAUAAAUCUGGGAAGUCUCAUCAUUUUGCUUCCAGUAUUAAUAACUGAGAUUGAAUGGGGGAGCGAAUGGGUUCUGUGAAGUUAGUGUUAAGUUUCUACGGUUUUUUCUGUAAUGGCUAACUCAAAGCAAUAAACUUGCAAGGGGCUACUAAUACGCAUUAAUGAUGGCUUUUAUAAGUAUUGAUUUCAAAACUGCGGAUUAUAUUUGAUGAUAUUAUGUAGAUGGUCCAGUAAGUAAUUACAGCUGUAAACACUGGCAUUUCUGCAUUCCUGGAAGGAUGAGAGCUAUGGUUCAGAAUCUUAACCAAAUUAUUUAUCUUAAUGAACCUUUUUUAGAACCCACAUUCAUUGCUGAAGCACUGGUCAUCAUUGUAUUUUCUAGUGUUGUCACUUGUUUGUUAAAUAAAAAUUGCAAUGCAUA